GCCACUCACGCGGCGAAGGCGGGCGGGCGAGCGGCCGGAGCCAGCGCAGGGGGCCCAGGCCAGCCGCAGCCCCCGCCGCGCUCUGGAGCACGCACCAUGGCUAGGGGCGGCUGGUUGUGCGGCUCCCGGAGGGGCCUCGCUGGCCUCUGGGACUGGAAUCAGACGUGGUAUACAUAUAACCCAAGCUUUACCCAAUGCUUUCAGAAUACAAUCAUUGCUUGGAUUCCCUGUGCCUAUCUUUGGAUCUGUUUUCCAUUCUAUUACCUGUUUCUUGAGCACCAUAGCAGAGGAUAUAUCAGAAUGUCGCACCUCUUCAAAACUAAAAUGGUCCUUGGAUUCAUAUUGAUAUUACUGUGUUUUUCAAACCUAUUCUAUACCCUUUGGGAAAUAAAUCAAGGAACCCUACGAGCUCCAGUGUUCUUCAUUAGCCCAGCAGUUCUGGGGAUCACAAUGAUCCCUGCAGUGUUUCUCACCCAGUUUGAGAGGCUGAAGGGUGUUCAGUCUUCAGGCAUCUUGUUGAUUUAUUGGCUGCUGUCAUUCCUGGCUGCUACUGUGACUGUUAGUUCUAAAAUUCAACAGGACCUGGAAGGGGGCUUCCCAGAGGACCCCUUCCGUCAUGUCACCUCUUACAUUUAUUUUAUCCUGCUGCUAGUAGAGGUCGUACUGUUCUUCUUUACCGAUUGGCCUCCCUUCUUCUCAAAAGCUGUCAAUGACUCUAAUCCGUGUCCAGAACUUGGUGCCUCUUUUGUUUCCAAAAUCACUUUCUGGUGGUUCUCUGGGCUAGUCUGGAAAGGCUAUCGUCAGCCAUUACAAGCAGACGACUUAUGGUCACUGAUGAAAGAAAACUCCUCAGAGGAAAUUGUUUCCCAGUUUGAAAGAGAAUGGAAAAAGUACUGUAAUAGAGCCAAGCAAAACACAGAAUCCAUCAAAUACAAGAAGGAUCAACAAAGUGGAGCUGGUUUGGUUGAGACAGAAGAGACCCAGGUUCUACUGCAGCCAGAACAGAGUCAGAGUGAGCCACUGUUGAAAGCAUUUUGGAACAUGUUUGGAACCUAUUUCCUUCUUGGUACCCUCAGCUUAGUCAUCUGUGACGUCUUCUUGUUUUCUGUCCCAAAGAUACUGAGCCUUUUCCUGGAGUUCAUCAUGGACCGAGAAGCCCCAAACUGGAAAGGUUAUUUCUAUGCAACGUUACUGUUCCUAUUAGCUUGCCUCCAGACUCUGUUUGAACAACGUUACAUGUACGUGUGUCUUGUAUUGGGAAUGAGGCUGAAGACUGCAGUCACAGGCCUAGUGUAUAGGAAGAAGCUGAUUUUGACUGUUUGGGCUCUUGCUUCUCCCACCCCCAUCCCAUCCCACCCCCAGAUCUUGGUCAUGUCAAAUGCAGCAAGGAGAGCAGCAGCUGUAGGAGAAAUUGUCAAUCUGGUAUGUGUCGAUGUGCAAAGGUUAAUGGAUCUCAUUAUAUAUUUUAAUGGGACCUGGCUUGCUCCCAUUCGGAUCAUCAUCUGCUUUGUCUUCCUGUGGCAGCUCCUGGGACCAUCUGCCUUGACUGCAAUUGCUGUAUUUUUAAUUCUUUUGCCUCUGAAUUUCGUGAUCACCAAGAAGAGAAGUCACUGUCAGGAGGACCAGAUGAACCAUAAAGAUAACCGAGCAAGACUCACCAAUGCCAUCCUCAGUGACAUUAAGAUCAUCAAACUCUAUGGCUGGGAGAAAGCCUUUAUGGAGAAAGUACUCGGUAUCCGAAAGCAAGAGCUUCAAGCUUUGAAAAGCUCUCAGAUCCUCUUCUCGCUGUCUCUGUCUUCCUUCCACUCAUCUACAUUUCUGAUUGCAUUUGCCAUGUUUGCGGUCUACACCCUGGUGGACAAGCAGCACGUCCUAGAUGCUCAGAAAGCCUUCGUUUCUUUGACCCUGAUCAACAUUCUCAACACUGCUCACUCUUUCCUGCCAUAUUCCAUAAAUGCCGCUAUACAGGCCAAGGUUUCCUUAAGCCGUUUAGCUGCCUUUCUUAAUCUUGAAGAGCUGGAUCCAAACAACAUGAGCACAGUUACCUUGGACUACCUACAGAAUGGUAUCACCGUAAGAAAUGGAACAUUCAGUUGGUGCAGAGGAAGCUCUCCUUGCAUUAAAAGGAUAAAUCUAACCGUGCCCCAAGGCUGCCUACUUGUUGUGGUUGGCCAGGUGGGAGCUGGAAAGUCUUCCCUGCUGUCUGCGUUACUUGGUGAGCUGCAGAAGUUGGAUGGUUACGUGGCUAUUAAGGGCACAGUAGCUUAUGUCCCCCAGCAAGACUGGAUACAAAAUGCUUCCGUGGAAGAGAAUAUCAUCUUUGGAGAAGAGAUGGAUGAAUGCUGGUAUAACAGAGUGAUUGAUGCUUGUGCACUGCAGCCAGACCUGGAGAGCUUCCCUGCAGGAAGUAAAAGUGAAAUAGGAGAGAAGGGGAUAAACAUAUCUGGAGGGCAGAAACAAAGAGUGAGUCUAGCUCGUGCGGUGUACAAGAAGGCAGCUGUUUACCUGCUGGAUGACCCCCUUUCAGCCGUGGAUGCCCAGGUUGGACAGCAUAUUUUUGAACAUGUCAUUGGACCCAAUGGCUUACUGAAGGACAGGACUCGUGUUCUGGUGACUCAUGCAAUCAACAUUUUGCCCCAAGUGGACAAUAUUGUUCUGAUGGUGGAUGGAGAGAUUUCCGAAACUGGCUCCUACCAAGAACUUUUACAGAGAAACGGGGCUUUUGCAGACUUUCUCCAUUCAUAUAACAAUGCAGAAGAGAAAGAGGGUGAUUUACAAGCUGCAGGAAGCACCAAGGACAUCAUCGCUUCCAGAAAUGCUGUGUCCCCAGGAAAGCUCUGCAGAUCUUCUAUUAUGAGAGAUGGAGCCAAAGCCAUAAAUCAAGACUGCACAGCUGCUACAGCCCCAAAAGAUGCGGGAAGAUUAACAGAAGGGGAGAAAGUUCAAACCAGCAGGGUCAAUAUUUCCAUUUAUCUGGACUACCUGAGGACCACAGGGCCUCUGAUCUGUUUGUACAUUGUGUUCUUGUUUGUGUGUCAGCAAGCUGCCUCGUUUUGUCGCGGUUACUGGCUCAGCAUGUGGGCAGAUGACCCUGUUCAUAACAGAACGCAGCAGCACACAGAGCUGCGAGUUGGAGUCUUCGGUGUUCUUGGAGUCCUUCAAGCCAUUGGCAAAUUCGGAUCGACCGCAGCCGUCCUGCUAGGAGGAGUGAUUGCAUCACACAAGCUCUUUCAGCAGUUACUGGAGAACGUUGCCAGAUCCCCAAUGAUGUUCUUUGAGCAGACGCCCAUCGGAAACUUGCUGAACCGAUUCUCCAAAGAAACCGAUGCCAUUGAUUCCAUUAUCCCCGAUAAACUGAAGUCCCUACUGGGAUUCUUGUUCAGUUUACUGGAGAUCUACAUAGUUGUUAUAGUGGCCACGCCAAUAGCGGUGGUGGCGAUAAUGCCACUGACAGUGCUGUAUGCCGUGUUCCAGAACUUCUACGUUGCCACCUCCUGCCAGCUGAGACGCCUGGAAGCUGCGAGUCGCUCGCCCAUCUAUUCCCACAUUUCAGAGACUUUCCAAGGGAGCAGCGUGAUUCGUGCUUACAAGGAGCAACCGAGAUUUAUUUUACAGAAUGAUUCCAGAGUGGAUGAGAACCAGAGAACAUGCUUCCCUGGGGUCGUCGCUGACAGGUGGCUUGCUACAAACCUAGAGUUUCUAGGUAAUGGUAUCGUGUUGUUUGCAGCCCUGUUCGCUGUGCUUAGCAAAACACAUCUUAGUCCAGGGAUUGUUGGCUUUUCCAUUUCGUGUGCUCUUCAGAUAACAGGCAUUUUGAACUGGAUGGUGCGCUCCUGGACAGAAAUAGAAAACAACAUUGUUUCCGUGGAGAGAGUGAGAGAGUAUUCAAAAACUCCAAAAGAGGCUCCCUGGACUCUGGGCAGUAAUUCUGCAAAUCAGGCUUGGCCAACUGAAGGAGCAAUUGAAUUUAGAAACUAUGGUGUGCAGUACAGGCCAAAUUUAGAGUUCGCACUAAAGAACAUCAAUAUAAAAAUAAACGGGCAAGAGAAGAUUGGCAUAGCUGGAAGAACAGGAGCUGGGAAAUCAACUCUUGCCAUGGGGCUUUUGAGAUUAAUGGAAGCUGCAGAAGGCGAGAUCUUAAUUGAUGGAGUGAAUAUUGCCCAAAGAGGCCUCCAGGACCUUAGAGCCAAAAUAACGGUUAUCCCCCAGGAUCCAGUUUUAUUUGCUGGCUCUCUACGAAUGAACCUCGAUCCUUUAAACCAGUACUCGGAUGAAGCCAUCUGGACAGUUUUGGAACUGAUUCAGCUCAAGAACUUUGUAUUGGAUCUGCCUGAUCAAUUGAACCAUGAGUGCUCAGAGCGAGGGGAAAACCUGAGUGUUGGUCAGAAGCAGCUAGUUUGUCUGGCCAGGGCACUCCUGCGGAAAGCCCAAAUCCUGGUGCUAGAUGAAGCCACCGCAGCGGUGGAUCUGGAAACUGAUCUUCAGAUUCAGUCAACCAUAAGGACUCAGUUCAAAGAGUGGACCGUGUUAACAAUAGCUCACCGUAUAAACACCAUCCUAGAUUACGACAGGAUUUUAGUCUUGGAAAACGGUCAGGUUGCUGAAUUUGAUUCUCCAGAGAAAUUAAUAGCUCAGAAGGGACUAUUCUACAGACUGGUUGAAGAAUCAGGCCUUGUCUGAUUGUCACCCAAGGAACACACCAUGCUACCAGCACCGUCUGAGAGAACAGAUCUGUUCUUAAUUCAGCUACAUCGGUUUGGCUAGAAAAUGCCUGAUACUUAACCAAAUCUGAUUUGAAACUGAGCCCCAAACUACACUGGAUAUGUGAAGGGAAACUGCCUUGGUGUAUUUGGAAAAUGAUACAUGUAUGCCUGUGUAUAUCACAUGCUAUCGCUGAGAUGAUGGCUACGGAGAAUGAGUCUUGUUUUCACGUUCAGUCAUUGGAGUAUAUUAAAUUAUGGUUGCAACUGAAUGUUAGUUACCGAGUUUGUGGUCACUCUCUUGACGGAGUGAUGACCACUGUAUAAAGUUUUAUGCAGAUCCAAAUUAAUUGGCUUCAUUUUCAAAAUGAAAUACCAAAAACCUCAGUUAAGUCCAAUUAAUCAGAUGAGCCCAUUAGAAAUCUGGAGUAAGCAUAAAAAAAUAUGUACUCACAUCUUACGCAUUUACGGUAAAGUAACUGAACUUUCCAAUCAGCUCUGUUUAGAAUAUAAAUAAUGGUAAAAUACACAUUGCAACAUUUAUGGGAGUGCUGUGGAUAUUCCUAGGAAUUCCAAAGAAAUCAUACUAGAGAGGUAAUGUUCUAAUAGACAAUGAAUAGCAUUUUAAUUGGUAACAAAUGAAUACACAAGUGUUUUCAAUCCCAUGCACAUUUUAAUGAAUAUGUUAGUAAUUUUUAAAAUGUCCAUAACGUAGUUACCCGUGGAUUCAGCUGCUCACCUAGCACUCUCCCAUAUGAAAUAAAAACUAAUCUUUCACAAUUGUAAUUUUUAAUCUGUGCAGAUUUGUAGCCCAGUGAAUCACAGAGGCGACCAGGCUUUUGAAAACAGAACAGAUAUUCUAACUGGUUUGGCCAAUGCAGCAGGACAAAAUACCACUAGUCUAAGUUGUAAGGAAAGGUUGAAAAAGAGAGGAUUUUGGGAAAGGGAUUGAUCAUGGUGAUGAAACACCAUUUUUUAGAUAAAUACAAGUGCCUGAUUUUAUGACCCCACUAAUAAUGUGAACCAAAAAACCCCACUACCUAAGCAUAAACAAGGAACUCAAAUCUGUUGCACACAAAAGUUAAACGAAGUGUAUAAAGCAGUUUAUGUA